GAACGAACAUUUGAAGCCCUUCAGGAGAGUUGUGACUGCUAAGAAAGCUUUGAAUUGACUUUCCGUAGGCAGUUACGUGAGCCAAACGGCCAAACAGAGGAAGCUCAGCGGCGGCCGGCGGCCAGUUGUGGAUUUCCACUCACUUCUUUCUAUUCAUCAAACCUUUACGUAAGCUUCGAAUUCCAAACCCAAUUCCUCUUUUCCCAUUUUAGAAUGUUGAUGAACUUAUCUUCUUCUCCGAUCACCAUCUUCUUCUUCUUCUUGAUUCUCUCCCAUUUCCCCUUUCUUUCUCUUUCUUUCUCCCCCAAUCAAAACAUUACCCUCUCCGGUGAUGCCCAUCUCAGAAACAACGCCAUUUUUCUCACUCAAGAACUCAAUUGCCUUCCCUUUUCUCCAAAUUCCUCUUCCUCUUCUGGCUUCGGCACCGCCUUCUACAUAAACCCAAUUCGCUUUCUUGAUUUCUCCUCCAAUUCCACCGCUUCUUUCUCUUCUAGUUUCUCCCUCUCCAUCCUCCCCACCCCACUCUGCCCUUUUGCCGACGGUAUCGCUUUCCUCAUCACCUCCGAUCCCAAAUCUUUCAGCCGCUCUAGUGGCUACAUGGGCCUUCCCGAGUCCCCUCUUAAUUCCCAUUACUCGUUUGUCGCCAUCGAAUUCGAUACCAAUUUCAAUCCGAAUCUCGGUGACAUUAAUGACAACCAUCUAGGUCUUGAUGUCAAUUCAGCUACCUCUUUGACCUCUGUGGAUUUGGGAUCCAGUGGCAUUGUUCUCAAAAAUGGCAGACAGAUUACUGCUUGGAUUGAGUAUAGAGAUGACUCGAAAACGAUUCAGGUUUGGGUUGGUUAUUCACAGACAAGGCCUGUAAAUCCUCUUCUAGUUGCGCAGAUUGAUCUCUCUAAGAAAUUUAAAGAAUUUAUGUAUGUGGGAUUCUCUGCUUCUAAUGGACAGGGCUCUGCUCUUUAUAUUGUUGAUCGAUGGCGAUUUCGAAGUUUUGGGUUGAUUCCUUCUUUGAGUCCUGUUGAUACCAUUAAUGAAGGAGAUUGUUUUAUGUGUUCGUCGGAGGAUUCAAAUUCUAAUAGUAGUAGUUUUGUUGAUGCUCGUAAACAAAGGAAGAAGACUGGAGAGCUGACUCUUGGAUUGGGAGGUUUGGCUGCAUUUAUUUCUUCUAUUACUGUAAUUUUUGGUUUGGUUAGUUUUGUUUUGAUAAAGAAGUUGAGAGGUAGAAUUUGUAGAGGCAGAGCAAUUCAUAGAACUUGUCAAGUUGAGAUGAACAAAGUUCCAACAAGAUUGUCUCUUGGGGAAAUAAAGUUAGCUACAAUGGGGUUUAAUCAAAAUAGAGUUGUUGGGGAAGGUGGUUCUGCAACUGUUUACAAAGGAUCUCUUGCAUCAGGUGGAGAAGUUGCUGUUAAACGUUUCGAGCAAGGUACAGCGAACAACCGUUUGUGCAAUCCUUUUACGACGGAGUUUGCAACGAUGGCGGGAUGCUUACGACACAAGAAUUUGGUUCAGCUUCAUGGAUGGUGUUGUGAAGCAAAUGAGUUGGUGCUUGUUUAUGAGUAUUUGGCUAAUGGAAGCCUUGCCAAACUUCUUCACAAAACCUCCCCCAAUUCACAAUUUGUACUUCCUUGGAAGAAGAGGUUUUCCAUAGUUCUUGGGGUUGCUUCUGCAUUGACAUAUCUCCAUGAAGAAUGUGAGAGCCAAAUUAUCCAUAGAGAUGUCAAGACUUGCAACAUUAUGCUCGAUGCAGAUUUCAAUGCGAAACUUGGGGAUUUCGGUCUAGCAGAGGUGUAUGAACACAGUUCAAUCACAAGAGAAGCAACCAUACCAGCAGGAACAAUGGGAUAUCUUGCACCUGAAUACGUUUAUUCCGGUGUUCCCACCGUCAAAACCGAUGUUUACAGCUUUGGUGUGGUGAUGCUCGAAGUUGCAUCGGGAAUGAGACCUGUAAAUGAAGAGGGGACCGUGCUAGUCGAUUGGAUUUGGGAUCUAUGGGAAGUGGGGAAGCUGAUUGAAGCAUCUGAUUCAAGGUUGAUGGGAAAGUACAAUAUAGUAGAAAUGGAGAGAAUGUUAAUGGUAGGACUUUUUUGUGUACAUCCAAAUCAUGAAAAGAGGCCAACUGUGAAAGAAGCAGCAAGAAUUCUAAAAGGGGAAGCACCACUUCCUGUACUGCCAUCAAGGAAACCAAGGGUCAGCAUUAGGCCUGUUUUUCCUGAUGAAUCUGAUGACAUAGAAAAUCCUUGUGCCGAUUAUCUCGCCUUCGACGAAUUGGCUUGGAUGACUCCCAAGAGUCAGUUUAGUUAGCUGAACCAUAAACCGAUUUUGUUCUCCUUUUCGAUCAACGGCACGGGGCCAUGGAGAUUGCAAAGAAUGACUUCAAAUGUUGCAAAUGAAGAAGCAGUCAGGUAAAAGGAAUUGAAAUCACAGAGGUUUGUUGUAUAAGGUUUUUGUUUCUGUGGUCAAAGUUUAAGGAUAAUGUCUUAAAAAGGGAAUUUGUUUGGUAUUAGAAUGUGUUACAUUAAACAAGGCAAUGAUAGUUUCAUGAAUAAGAAUUCAAAGGAGAAUAUGAUGUUAGAUUGCUGUUGUAGGCCCCAAAACUGAAUUUAUUGCUGAAAUAUUCUAACUGGUUGAGACUC